UCUGCGCUAGCUUGUUGCGACCCCAGACUUGCCUGAGGCGCGCGUGCCUCUGGACACCGGUGAGUCUCUGUCCCUCGUUCCCGCGGUGAAGCAGCGGGGGUCUGCGUCCUCUGCGCUGUAAUGCCGCUCUGAAUCGCCUCUUUGCGGGAACUAUCGACUCAGACAUGACUUCAGUCUGGAAAAGACUCCAGCGAGUCGGGAAGAGGGCGUCAAAGUUCCAGUUUGUUGCUUCCUUUCAAGAACUCGUAAUAGAAUGCACAGAAAAAUGGCAACCAGACAAACUGAGGGUGAUGUGGAUCAGAAGAAACAGACGUCACAGCACCAAGCUCCACAGCUGGCAGCCUGGUAUAAAGAACCCAUACAGAGGCCUGGUCAUCUGGCAGGUUCCAGAGAGUUUAAACAUCACUGUGACUCUCUUCAAGGAACCUACUGCUGAAGAGUUUGAAGACAAAGAUUGGACUUUUGUCAUUGAAAAUGAGACAAAAGGCCGUAGGAAAGUUUUAGCAUCAGCUGAUGUUAAUAUGAAGAAGUACGCCAGUGCCGCCUCAGCUCAAUAUAACGUAACACUGAAGCUCAAGCCGCUGUCUGUGAAAGUGGUGGAAGCCACGCUCAUACUCAACCUCUCAUGCAUCUUUCUCAAGGAGGGAAAAGCUACGGAUGAGGACAUGCAAAGUUUGGCCAGCUUAAUGAGCAUGAAACAGAGUGACAUAGGCAACCUGGAUGACUUUAAUGACAGCGAUGAUGAGGCAGGCGAAGAGAGACGAGUCAUCUUUGGAGCUGGACAGAGCAUCCAUGUUGCUGCUUCUUGCAGUGUGAGUGCACAAGAUCUGACUGGGAGGCCUGAAAGUCAGUCGGGCCCCAAAGUAACCGUGGGGAUGGACAGGAUAAAGUCCUCUGGCAUUUCCUCCGUACAUGCUCCCUUAUUUGAACCUGAAGGCCCUUCAAAUCCACUCGUCUUCCUGCAAACCCACAUGCAACCACCAAGCCCCACCCAAACGGGUCGGCCUUCACCUCAUGCCAGCUCAGGGCUGACUUUUACACAUGCUCUUCCUCCAGUACUUCCAAAAAUCUUUCAGUCAACUUCCAGAUCAGCCCUGCGAAGGCCCCAUAGCUUCCACAGUGAUGCCUGCUCCUCUGAUGGUGUGGUGACCCAGUAUUUCUCUACACUCGUCCCUUCUAAAGCCCGCUCUACCUCUUCUCUGUCUUCAUCUGAUCCAUCUCCCCACCUCCCUGCUUUUUCUGACAGAUCACAAGCAGUUCCUCUAAGAACCUCCCCUCCUAUGCCUCCCACUUCCAGGCAGCCCAAAGAUCGACCCACCUCAAUGGUGGAGUUGGGCUGUACCCUCACUAAGCCCACAAGUCUUCCAUCUGCCCGUGAGAGAGCUUCCUGGCAGACCGAAUGGAUGCCUCCUAAAUUUCAGGCCCCGCUAGCACAGCCGGCCCUCUCCCCUAAGUUUUUACGUUUUUCUGCAAGUCAUCCAGGAGAAGUUCUGGUGCUGCACAAAGAUCAGGGAAUAGAAAUAUCUUCAUCCUGUUCGUCUGCAGCUCAGUCUGUGGAUCAGAAACAGCAGGGAGAAACAGGAUAUGUUUCCUCUGGGAGACCUCAUGGCAGUGUCACUGUACAGAACUGCUCACCUACUUGUCAUAGUCCUUCAUCUGCCCCUCUGCUCUCUGGGGCUCCUCAUCCUCUCCAGCCACACAUAUUUGAAACAGUCAUAGUCUCCCCAAGUAGACAGGAAGCAGAGUUUAAGAGACAGCUGAGCACCCUGAGUGAGGAGGAGAGCCAGAGUUCAGGCCCUGCAGCAGCCAGCCUGAGGACAGACACAUCCACAGCACUGGGGCAGAAAACCAAUGCACCAUCAGCAGUGGAGCUCAUCAAAGCUUCAGCAGGAAUGUGGCACUCAAGUCCUUAUGUGCCAUUGUUGUUGACUGUUAGUGACAGCCCCGUGGCUCAGAGGGACACUGAAAAAGGACAAACUGUUGUAAAAGAUACAGACACUACUGAAGUCACCGUGGAAAGACUUGUACAUUUGUCCUCAGGGGAACCAAGACAUUUGUGUCCUUUAGAGUCAUUGUGUCGUGAUUCUGUUGAACAAACAUGUACCAGACAUGGUGAGCGUGGAGAUGAGAACAUGGUUUCACAACAACCUCCAUGCCCAUUUUUUACUGAAUCCAGAAUACUCCUUUCUCAAACUCAAAGAGCUAUUUCAGCACAUCAGUCACAAAAUGCUCCUGCUUUGGGAACCAUGAAGUGGCAAGAGCCUAAAGUGAGAACAUGGAAAUGUCCCUCAGACAGGGAAAAGCUUCCGUAUGUAGCUACACAGGAAUCUCUAGAAACAGAACUGACAAAAGAAUCGGCUGGUCUAGCCCCGUCAGCUAGUUCUUCCAUAGUGUUACACACUGAUGACAAUGAAAAAGAAACUGCGAUGGAAAACCAGUUACCUGUUGAAAAUGAACUACAAAUUCUUGAAACCCCAAGCAAUGAGUAUGAUCCUCAGUCACAAAGUCAUUUGAAACACAUGGAGGAUGAAAGCUCCUUGUGUCCUAGUGCAGGUUAUUUGCCACAUUAUCCCAUACCGGAAUCUUACAGUAAACAAUUUAUGUUCUUGAAUACAUGUCCCAGAAUGACAAACAUACCUGGGAUGUCAGGCUUAUCACUAAGUAGUGAUGAAAAACACUGGCCACUCGAUGAAAUUACAAUCUGGAGCAAAGGCUUCCACAUGAAAGAAAAGGGCCUACAACUCACAUCAGGAGAGAAUAAAAAGCAUGAAAAAGAAAGUGUCUUACUGAAACCAUGUUGUCCAAAGCAGGCUAGAAUUCCAGGUUUCCCAUCGGUGUCCCAAAAGAGUGGCAACAGUUAUUGUUGUACAAAACCAGCAAAGAAAACUUUUUUAAAUGAUGAUAAGCAGUCAGAAUCUCAACAGAAAGUGUUUAGAAACAAGAAAAUACAAACAAAAGCUCUUACAAGUAUAGUGUCACCAAAUGAGGACUGUGAAACUGAAGAAAAGAUGGCUCCAGAGGUCUUAAAGCAUUCUUAUACACCAGAUAUAGACUCAAUUGUACAGACUACUGUCACAUUCUAUCAAUCAGACAUAACUAUUUUAGGUUCUUGUCCAAUGAGCUCACCAAUUGAAGGCAUUCCAUCAUUAGUUAAUCAUAAUUUCAAUGAAAGAUGGAUUACAGAGUUCAAACUCUUCACAGUUACACAUCUUAAAGUUCGAACAGUCACAAUUAAUGACGUACCCCAUAAUAUAAAUAAUGCAGAGUCCAUAAAAGGAAUGACAGCAUUAGCCCCAACUUGUCCAAAACAAGCUUGUGCAUUUGGACUUCCAUCUGCAUUUGAACUUACUGGUAUUCUUAAUGGAUCUAGUGCGGUUAACCUUGUUCCAUCCUGUCCUUCUGUCUCCAGAAUGGUUGGCAUUCCAUCUGUCCAAAAGCCUGACAGCAAAGAUUGGAAAAUCAGUAAUAAACUGUUGUGGGAGAAAUUGUUAAAUAUUAGGACUCUAAUACUGCUACCAAGCAACAAAGCAAAGAAAAAAUGGAAAAGAAGUGUUUCUCUUUCACAAAGUUGCCCAUGUGAGUCAAAGAGCCCUGGAUUUCCUUCUAGAGCAAAUCCUAGAGUGAGUGAAAUUGAGACAAGAAGUAUGGUGAAUCUUUCAAGUUCUUGUGCAAAAAUCUCCCAGAUUGCAGGAUUUCCAUCUUUUUAUAGUCCAAUAUUGUGGACAGUAAGCAGAGAGACACUGUUUGAACCAAAGGUGAAAGAAGAACACUUGUUCCUUAUUAAUCACCAUGACAGAGACAAGAGACAAGCAAAAGAAAUGGUUUCCCUCUUGCCUUCUUGUCCCAGGGCUUCAAGAGUUAAAGGUUUCCCUUCGGUUCCCAAUCCAAAAAUGGAGCAUUAUGGACCAAAUAUAGUCAGUCUCAUUCCCUUGUGUCCUGUAAUUUCUGGCAUACAAGGAUUCCCAUCACUGGAACCACAGAAUGAGGAAGGUUGGCCUGCUCACAUAGGUUCAUUGAUGUACAGGACACAAAGGACUGUUCAGUUUUGUUAUGAUUUAUUACCAAAUGUUGCAGACAAUGCAAAGGACAUGUGGCAUUUUGCUUCAUCCUGCCCAAGAGAAUCACUCAUUGUUGGUUUUGCAUCAAAACCACAACCCAGUGUGACUGAUAUUGAGACAAUAGGUAUGGUGGGUAUUUCGAGUUCAUGUCCAAAGAUCUCUCAGAUUGCCGGAUGUCCAUCAUUUCAUUGUCCAAAAUUGUGGACAGUAGGCAGAGAGACACUGUUUGAACCAAAGGUGAAAGAACGCUUCUUCCUUAUUGAUCACCUUGACAGAGACAAGAGACAAACAAAAGAAAUGGUUUCCCUCUUGCCUUCUUGUCCCAGGGCUUCAAGAGUUAAAGGUUUUCCUUCAGUUCCCAGUCCCAAAAUGGAGCAUUAUAGUCCAAAUAUAGUUAGUCUCAUUCCUUUGUGUCCUGUAAUUUCUGGCAUACAAGGAUUCCCAUCACUGGAACCACAGAAUGAGGAAGGUUGGCCUGCUCACAUGGGUUCAUUGAUGCACAGGACACAAAAGACUGUUCAGUUUUGUUAUGAUUUAUUACCGAAUAUUGCAGACAACGCAAAGGACAUGUGGCAUUUUGCUUCAUCCUGCCCAAGAGAAUCACUCAUUGUUGGUUUUGCAUCAAAACCACAACCCAGUGUGACUGAUAUUGAGACAAUAAAUAUGGUGGCUAUUACGAAUUUAUGUCCAAAGAUCUCCCAGAUUGCAGGAUGUCCAUCAAUUCAUUGUCCAAAAUUGUGGACAGUACACAAAGAGACACUAUUUGAACCAAGAGUCAAAGAUAAACACUUGUUGAGUAUUGAGGCCCAUGACAGAGACAAGAGACAAGUGAGAGGAAUGGUUUCUCUCUUGCCAUCUUGUCCAAGGGUGUCCAGAAAUAAAGGUUUUCCAUCUAUUCCUAAUCCUAAAGUUGAGUAUUAUAAACCAAAUAUAGUCAGUCUCUUUCCCUUGUGUCCUGUGACUUCUUGUAUACCAGGAUUCCCAUCCCUGGAACAGCAGAAUGAAGAAUGUUGGACAUGUGACUUAGGUUCAUUGAUGUACAGGUCACAAAGGAUUGUUCAAUUUACUUUUGACUUCUCACCAAGUAACACAAACAAAAUGAAGAAGAUGUUUUGUUUGGUCCCAUCUUGCCCAAAAUAUUCCCUCAUCCCUGGUUUUCCGACUGUCACCAAAUGCAGUGUGUCAAGUCUUAAACCUGAGGAACCCUCCAAGCUCAAACUCAAAUCCAGCAUGGAACCUAAUAUAACAAAUUUUGUACCCUGUUGCCCUAUUACCUCAUGUAUCAGAGGAUUUUCAUCCUUGACUCCAGGCCCAAAUACAGAAUGGCUAAGUGAAGCAAAACUGAUACUGUUGAAACCUCAGGUCAAGCAUAAAAGUAUCUUGAUUCCGGUACAGGAGCAGCCAGAUUUAUACAACAGAAAAGGUAUGCUAACUUUAGUGACAUCCUGCCCCAAAAAGACCAGAAUUUAUGGCUUUUCUUCUGCCCAAAAGGUAAAUCGGCCACCAGAUAUGGUCAGUUUAUACUCAUCUUCUCCAUGUGUUUCAUGUGUUCCUGGUUUUCCAUCUGCAAGAAGGCUUAGUUUUGAAUUUACAGAAACACACACCUGGAUCCAACAGAAUAUUGUCCUGUUUGAGAAGAAGCAAAAAGAGAAGGCUUGUCCUGCAACUUUGCCAGCAAUAUUGCUUCAUACACCAGAAAUUAAGUCUAUGGUCGCACUGGCGUCAUCUUGCCCACAUGUAGCUCAGAUUCCUGGAUUUCCCAGCUAUUUCCCAGUGAACACAGCUGAUUUGAAAGCAAAGGGUAUUCAACGUCUUUCUGCUACUGAAGCAUAUGCUGCAAAUGCGUCCCAACAUGCGCAGUCAAAGCUCAUGGAGAGAAGUGGCAUUCCUCUCUCAUUUGUUAGCAGUCAAAGCUCUGAACUUUCUUAUGAAGAAAAGAGGGGUGCAAAGGAAAGUGUAGAUCGUUAUCUAUAUUUUGGCCAAUCGCACGUAGAGAAUAAAACAGAAGAAAUGCAGACAGGGAAUAAAUCCUGGGAUACAUCAGAGGCAGCAGGACUUUUUGGAUGGGAGGUUUUGGAGGCAGAUGGAUCAGUGUCUGAAAAAAAGAGAGAACUCUCCUUAUCAAAUUCAGAAGAAACUUCUGGAUUAGUAAAGGCCCUUGUUGGUGUUUUCCAUAAAGGUUAUGAAACAGUAGCAUCCAUCCUGGGCCCAUCUAGCUCUGCUGUAGCAGACGUUGACCCCCCACUCGCUGUUCCUUCUGUGUAUCUAGAAGAAAAGAUGUUAACUCCUUCUGUUCCUUCUGCUGAGUGUUGGCCACGUUUCACUGACAGCAGGACUCCUCCACAAAAGACAGAUGACAAUUCUGAGGACAUUCACACUAAACAAGAAUAUCCAAUAAGUGUGGAACCAUACAUGUGGAACUUGGUGGAUGAUCAGUCAGUCUCUUCGCUACCAAGUACUGGCAUUGAGGACACCCUUUUUGAUUCAAGUAUGAAUCGAUUUCCAUUGGCAGAGGAGGACAAGGGUGUAAGAGAAAGUAGUGAAGGAACAGAUGAACAUGAGUUACCUCUGAAUCAAGAACAUUCAAAGGAAACGUUUCUGACUGAGCAGAACUCUGUUCAAACAUCAAAGUACAUGGAAAGUUUGCUAGCAAGCGAUCAGGCUUAUGUAGAAGAAGAUGGAUUAAAAAUUAUGAUGUUCUCUCCUCAUUCAGAGAAAGGCCCGACACAAACGAGCUCAAAAGAACUGUCUGCAACUUCUCUUCAGCCUACAGACAGUAAUGAACAAAGACAUGCAGAAUUUGAUUUACCCUUGGACCGAUCAGCGUGUGAUCAAGAUGAUAAUCCACUGGUGCCACAGCCUGGCAUUGCUAGUCCUCAACAAGACAAAAAGCCAGUGAUUCCACCUGAACUGAAAGAAAGUGAUCAAGACAUAUGCAUAGCUCCAAGAAGGCCAAACAGAAGGAGGGAUCAUUUGUUUGAUAAGCCUGUUCCAGGAGUUAUUCUCUCUGCCUGUGAGAAUUCUCUACAGCCAGGCACUAUCCAGUCCAACUGCACAAAACCUCACAUUAUUUCUGAUUUGGACAAUAAAGCACAAUGCAACACAGUUCUUUCACAAAACACACAGGAGAAAGAAACGGUAACAGAACCUUCUCUAAUGACUGGUUUGUUUCAGAGUCCGCCUCUACAGACAGAAACAGUGCUAGUUUGCUCAAAGGACACUGAACCGGACUGGCCUAACGAAGACAGCACAGCUGGAGUUCAGGCCUCUUCUAACACACUGCUUUCUUUGGAAGCAAAAGAAGUGAAAACCCUUCCCCCUGUUCCAGAGCCAGAUGUAUUGCAUGAUGAGCACGCUGCCCCUCUUUCAAUCAUCAAGAAGAUUAAUCUUCCAAAGCGAGUUAGAAAAGCUGGCAGAUUCAGUACUUACAAAGACAUCACUGCAGAUGAUUCACAUCACGUUUACCAGCUGCCAUUAGCUGGUAGCACAUUUGUUGAUAUAUCCAACACUACAAACCAAAAGGCAGAAGAUUCAUUUUUAAAAAAUCCUGUUCCAAAGCCUCGCGAAAGAAAACACGUCAGUGGCACCAACCCAGACAGGUGUACCACUGGAGUACAUGCAUCUCAGGAAGCCCAUGGCAGAGUAACACUGACAGCAGGGAGAGGCAGUCUGUUGAAUAUUCCUUCCAGACCUGAAGAGUUACCACAAGCUGAAGAUUGUUCUGAUCCUGUAGCUGAAUCUUCUUCACCCUCAGAUGGGACUAAUCUUGCAUUAAGAAGAACCAGAAUUGCAUUUGAGCAAAGCAUUCCAGCAGUCUGUGGUGAUACUUCAGAAAAAUCACCAGGACCCUCCUGUCUACCAGUACCCAAAGAAAGAAGGAAACACUCCAGUGAUGCACUCCUACAGGACUCAAAGACUGCUUCUCAUUCAGACAGCGUUGCAGAUGCUAAAGCAGUCCCAGAAAAUAAGAAAUCAACGUCGCCUGUUCCAUUCUGUCAAGUCCAGAACGACCUUAGAAACACUGAUUUACCACCUGCAAACAAUUCCUCUUCCAUAGAAAUGGAAUUAUCUCAGACAAACUCAGAUCAAACAUAUUGCCUGAAAACAGAAGGAGUUUCAACAUCUCUCAACUUGAAAUCUGAUGGAGGUUCAGUUACAGUCCAGGGCGAAGAAGCAGUUCUGUUGCAGUUGGAGAGGGAUGUGCUAGAAGCAAUGGAAGAAGUGUUUACUCAGACACGGUCCACAGAGGACACUGAAGAGGCUCAGGAUGAAAUCCUGCAAGAUUGGACCUUUACAGAUGAACCACUUGUUACAAAAACCUUACAGAAUGAUGAGAAAGUAGAUUCAGAGAAGGAGAACAUCACAAAGGUCCUGGAACGAGAGAUCAAUAGGUCUGGGACUGUCACUAUUUUUUCCUCUCAGGAUGACUGGCUGCAUGUAGAGCAUAAAAAAGAAAGCAAGCUUGUGGAAAUAAACACAAGAAGGGAAGUGAGAGAUGAAGAGCUGGACUCUGUGUCUGUAGAUCUAGCUGCUGGUUGUUCAAAGAAUCCAAGGUCAUCAGGGCAGCUGGUACCUGUUCCUCGUGGCAAGAAGCGCUUGAGUGGUUCCUCUCUAAAUGGCACCAAGUCACAAGCUGAAGCUCUUCAACAAGCCCGUGAGCUGACAACGCCUCAGAAAAGACCUGCAGAGGGCGCUCCUUCUGUAGAGAAUACCCUCAGUAGUCCAAGCUUAGUGACCUCCAGUCGGUCUCUGCUGGAGUGGUGUCAGGAUGUAACUCAGUGUCACAAGGGAGUGAAGAUCACCAACUUCAGCACCUCCUGGAGGAAUGGCCUGGCCUUCUGUGCUAUCCUGCAUCACUUCCACCCUGAAAAGAUAAAUUUUGAAAUGCUGAACCCGUAUGACAUCAAGACCAACAACAAACAGGCUUUUGAUGGUUUUGCUGAACUUGGGAUUUCCAGACUGAUCGAGCCUUCAGACAUGGUCAUGCUUGCGGUUCCUGACCGCCUUAUUGUCAUGACCUACCUCAACCAAAUACGAACCCACUUCACUGGCCAGGAGCUCAGUGUGCUUCAUAUAGAUAAAAACAGCAGUGAGUCUAGUUAUGCAGUAUCAGGGAAGCAGGAGGCCCAGGAGGACCCAGAAGCAACUGUUCGCUACUGCGCCCAGAAACUCCAGGAGAAAGGUCUAAGUCUUGAGCUUAUUGGAAGUGGAAGCCCUGCAGAAGAUGAAACCAAAAGCAGCGAUGAGAUGGCUGCACCUCCUCGGUCCAAACGGUUGCAGAAUGCUGGUGCAGGAGGAGCAGCCAGCUCUCAGUCUCCUGUGGCACCACCAAGAUCUCACAAUCUACCCAAGUCAGGCUUCUCCCGAGUGAAAGACGCUGAUCUGCUCAAGAAGCGCAGAUCACAGAAGAAGAGUGGCUCAAUUGAUGAUGGAGAUAUAUUAGUGGCUGCAGCAGAGCAAGACAAAAAGAAUUCAGAGACUGAAAGAACAGAGUUUGUAGUUGAAGAAGAGAGACCAGAAGGUCAGGACACAAGCCAGUAUGUGUUGCAUCAGAUGGAAGCGCUGGAAGCCGAACAAAAGCACAUUGACAACAGAGCAGGCGUGGUGGAGCGGAAACUCAGGCAGUUAAUGGAAACAGGCAGUGACAAGGUGGAGGAGGAGAGGCUGAUCCAGGAGUGGUUCACUCUGGUUAACAAGAAGAACGCUUUAAUCCGAAGGCAGGACCAUGUGCAGCUGCUGCUGGAGGAACAAGACUUGGCAAGGAGGUUUGAGCUGUUAACCAAAGAGCUGAGAGACAUGAUGGCAAUUGAAGAGUGCCAGAAGACCCAGGCCCACAAACACAGAGAGCAGCUCCUGCUACAGGAGCUGGUGUCCCUGGUCAACCAGAGAGAUGAGCUGGUUCACAAUAUUGAUGCUAAAGAAAGAGGAGCUGAAGAGGAGGAUGAGCGUCUGAACCGUGGCCUUGAGCAGAGAAGAAGCAAGUAUGCUAAGGAGCAGAAAGAAAAGUGUGUCAUUCAGUGAGAAAAGCAAAAGAGGAAAGUUCAGGACAAAAUCAAGAAUGAGGAAGUUAAGUCAUCCAGAUUACUAUUUUAGGUCAGAAAACUGAUUCAGUCUUGUUAAUGCAAGAAAGCACUGAAACUGUGUACUUACUGUGCAGGUUCUGCUGGCACUAAAGUGCAGAACAGCAGUUUUGUUCUGAGGCAAAAACGAACAACAAUAUGUUGGAUCUCUAGAUAAUCUGUUUUAAAACAUACCGUUUAUUAUUUCUCUUAUUGAAGAAAAAAACAGGUGAUCUGGAACAACUAACGCUCAAUUUCCCAAAGUCAUUUCAUGUGAAAGGAAUUGUGCUAUUUUAGAUGAAAUUUAGUUGGAAUAUCAGGAAUGUAAGGCUUUGACCAGAUCAGCUCAUGGACAUCAGGGACAGCUGCAGGAUCACAGAUGUUUAGGUAACACUGCUCACUUAUAUUUUAAAGCCAUUUCUUUUCAUUUUUUUCACUGCCGAAGUUACUGAAGUGAAACGUAGCACCAAUGUUUGAUUUUCUACUAUAUAGAAAUGUAAAAGCCAUAAAAAUGUCUCCAAAGUCUUGAGCACAUUAUUUACUUUGGCAAAUACAGAAUUGCCACUUGUAUUGUGUUAAAGUGUGUAAAGCAGCUGCUUGUCUUUGCUCUGAAAAAUGUUACUGUUUGUGUUGUAGGUUAAGGAAAGGAUGAACCAUUUCUGAAACCAGACGCUUUUAAUACUUUUAGUAUUUGCAGUUUUUAUGACCUGUAACUAGCUCCAGUUUGUUUAAAGGAUUGCUCCUGGAGGUUUGUUUUUAAGAAUUUAAUGUGAAACUUGCACUAUUGGAAAUACAAAAAAUCUGAAUGCAU